CUAGUACGACACACAGCUCCGGCAAAAUUUUGUUUUGAUUGAGCGGAGCUGCCAGAGGAUUGGGAAAUGUCGAAAUAUCGCUAUGGAGAUCUGAUAUUGGAAGCAUUCAUGGAGUUCCGUCGGCCCAUGGCGCUCGAGGAGGUAAUCGAAUACGUUGCCGAAAUGGCGGACAAAUCCGUUCAGGAGGUACGCCUCUCUGUCGACAACACGCUGACCGCGGCCUGGAUGCACGGCUUCGUGCGCCGAGACAAGGAUCUCUAUUGCCUGGAAUCGAUCAUCAAGCCCGAUGCCAACGAGCCUGACGAGGCUCGCUCCACUGGCUCUCCCGCAACGUUCAUCGAGCCGCGCCUGGACAGCUCACGAGUCAAGAGCAAGAGGCGCAGACGUCGGUGAGAGUGCAGCUGUAUAUACGAAUGUGCACACCAGGAAUCUUCCUAGCGCAUCGACACCGUCCCUUUCCCUCAAAACAAAUUCGGACUCAGAGGUGGGUCACCGGCUUGCCCCUUGCCCCUUGGCCCCGGAUAGGCAGCAACCGUUCGGAUCGUGGACCCCGCCUCCAUGACACACACCAAUCGCUUCACAUCGUAGCCCCAUACGUGCUGUCCGCCGGUCUCUCCGACCGGGAAGGACAGCUUUAUUAAAUUAAAACGUAUUUUG